AGCGGCUUCGAGGCCCCGAUAACGGGCUGCCCCCUCAGCUCUUAGCCUGGCUUGAGGGUCUCCCCUGAUCUGAGAAUGGCUACCUCUCGAUAUGAACCAGUGGCUGAGAUUGGUGUCGGUGCUUAUGGGACCGUGUACAAGGCCCGUGAUCCUCACAGUGGCCACUUCGUAGCCCUCAAGAGUGUGAGAGUCCCCAAUGGAGGAGGAGCUGGAGGAGGCCUGCCCAUCAGCACAGUACGUGAGGUGGCCUUACUAAGGCGGCUGGAGGCGUUCGAGCAUCCCAAUGUUGUCCGGCUGAUGGAUGUCUGUGCUACUUCCCGAACCGACCGAGAGAUCAAGGUGACCCUAGUAUUUGAGCACGUAGACCAAGACCUAAGGACAUAUCUGGACAAGGCCCCGCCACCAGGCUUGCCAGUUGAAACCAUCAAGGAUCUAAUGCGUCAGUUUCUGAGGGGCCUAGAUUUCCUUCAUGCCAACUGCAUCGUUCACCGAGACCUGAAGCCAGAGAACAUUCUGGUGACCAGUGGUGGAACAGUCAAGUUGGCCGACUUUGGUCUAGCAAGAAUCUACAGCUACCAGAUGGCCCUUACACCAGUGGUGGUUACACUCUGGUACCGGGCUCCCGAAGUUCUUCUGCAGUCUACGUAUGCAACACCAGUGGACAUGUGGAGUGUUGGCUGUAUCUUUGCAGAGAUGUUUCGUCGAAAACCUCUUUUCUGUGGAAACUCUGAAGCUGAUCAGUUGGGCAAAAUUUUUGACUUGAUUGGGCUGCCUCCAGAGGAUGACUGGCCUCGAGAUGUAUCUUUACCACGAGGAGCCUUUUCACCCAGAGGGCCUCGCCCUGUGCAGUCAGUGGUACCUGAGAUGGAGGAAUCUGGAGCACAACUGCUGCUGGAAAUGCUGACAUUUAACCCACACAAGCGAAUCUCUGCCUUCCGAGCCCUGCAGCACUCUUACCUACAUAAGGAAGAAGGUGACCCAGAGUAAGCAGUGGAGCAGCUGCCACAGAAGAAAGAAGCUGCCAUUUCCCUUCCGGACACUUGAGAGAAUCCCCACUGGGAAGGAGACCUCUGCCAUUGUCUCGGAGGCUGUGGUGCUCCUGCAGUUUUUUACAGAGAAUAUUUUGUUGCCUUAAUGACAUUCCCUAACUACCCUCCUUUUGAGGCUUAUCCUUGUGCCCCAUUUCUCUACACUAAGGGGUAUCUCUCCCCCCACCUUACCUUGAUACUGAUCUUUUUUUAUACAGGGAAACAAAAUAAGACAAAAAAUGUGGUGUUCUUUUCUUUUUU